AUGAUACAUGCACAACAAAGCAAAUCUCCACAUCUUGAAAGGACUCCAACAUCCUCAAUCUCAGUUGAUAAUGAGGCACAUAUCGCUCACGACCCUGUCACGAACAUAUCAGAGCCUGUACAAUACGACAAGACAGAGACCUCGGACCAUGAUCCAGAAAACGCCAUUGAUCCCUUGUUUCUAGAACUGCCUUUCUUACCUUCAAGCCCAGAACCCGAGCCUGAAGAGCCGCCAGAGCAAGACAUCGACACGUGGAUUGAUCAUCGUCUGCAAACAGGGAGAGCAGAAAACGAGGAGCAAAUAAUCGAGGCUUUACGCUGCACUAGCAUGGACCCGUAUCUUGCCGAUCAGGUCCUAGACUAUCUGAUCGCAGGAAAAGGCAUUCCCGACAAUAUGCCUGGAGUGUGGACCGCUGAAGACGACAGGUGUCUUGAGGCGAAAGAGACGCGAACUAUCGAACAGGUCUUGAAGAAGCAUGGCUCGGAUGCCUUUAACAGUCGGUGGGAAUAUCUUGGAAUGGCAAGAGCUGCUGGCCUCGAUGACAUAGACAGCUGA